AUGCAAGUCAGAGAAGCAUCGGCGGAAGAUGCAUCUUCGAAUGCUGAGCAUCGCCCAAACAUCCUCUGGAUUGUCGGGGAGAACCUGUGCCUCGACUUGGGCUGCUAUGGGGCAGAACAUGUCGUUACGCCGAACCUCGAUGGCCUGGCAGCUAAUGGGGUGCGGUACGUGAACGUGUUUUCGACCUCGCCGGUGUGCGCACCGAGUCGGUCGGCGUUGAUGACCGGGAUGUAUCAGACCACCACGGGUACGCACCCCAUGCGAUCACAUCGCGAUGAUGACUUCCGCUUACCUUCGGGGGUUCGCCCGCUCACACAUUGGCUGGCCGACGAGGGUUAUACCACUGGCAACGUGACGCACAUUGGCGACCGCCGCGUCGGCACCGGGAAGCUCGACCUGAACUUUGUGAACGAGGGCGACAUCUAUCAGACCAACGAUUGGUCGGCCCUGACUUCCAGCGAACCGUUCUUCGCUCAGAUCAAUCUGCCGGAGGUUGAAUACGAUAUCUACGAUCGAAAGUCGGCUGAAAAGCCGCGAGUGAAAUGGGUCGGGGAAGAGUGGCAUCCGCAGGUAGUAAAACCUGCGGAUGUGGAACCUCCGCCCUACUAUCCCGAACAUCGCAUAGUGCGGGAGGAAUGGGCGCGAUACUUGAACUCGGUCUCUGGGAUGGACGUGCGCGUUGGCUGGAUUCUGGAAGCUCUCGAGAAGCAAGGGUUGACCGAUAAUACGAUCGUUGUCUUCUUUGCCGACAACGGAAGGUUAGAGGCCCGGGGAAUUCACUGGUGUUGGGAUAGCGGCCUGCAUGUUCCAAUGAUUGUGCGGUGGCCAAAGAACUUUCCACCGCCGGAACACUACGAGGUCAACAGCGUUGACCGGCGGAUGAUCAGUUUGUUGGAUCUCACGGCCACCACGCUCUGGAUGGCCGGCAUCGAGCGACCGCCGUUGAUGCAAAGCCGCCGCUUCCUGGGUGAAAACCUGGAAGCUGAACGCCAGUUUGUGUUCAGCGCACGAGAUCGGAUCGAUGAGACGGUUGUGCGUCAGCGUUCCGUGCGAGAUGAGCGGUACCAUUACAUCCGCACUCAUACGCCAGGCGUCGGGUUCGCCACUCUGAACCGCUACAAGGAAAAAUGUUUUCUUGUGAAGCCACUGAUGCGUGAGAUGUUGGCUGCCGGAACUCUGACCGGUCCGGCAGCGGAGUUGAUGCAACCAUUGCCGGAGGAAUUGCUCUACGACACGCGAAGUGAUCCACAUGAGAUUCACAACCUGGCAGAAUCGACCAAGGUGGUUCAUCAAGAAGCGUUAAUUCGUCUCAGAGCUGCGCUUGAUACUUGGAUCGUAGAAACCGGCGAUCAAGGGCAGUGGCCAGAACCGGCGGAGAUCGUGGCCCCUUUCGAGCAGGAGAUGCACGAUUGGUUCGGUACGCCCGAGUGGUAUCGGGAUGAGGGCGCACACUUCUCCAUUCACAAUUGCCCGAAUCGGAAGCGCGAAAGAGGAGUCUUUGCCAUGAAGCGAUUUGGAUUGUUUGCCCUGCUGUUGGCCUUUGGUGUUGGUGUGAUUGGCUGCUCGGAAGCCACUCAGAAUGAAGCCAGCGAAGCGGUCCAACAGACCGGUGAAGCCAUCGAGAGCGCCGCUGACGAUGCGGCCAACGUGACCGAAGGUGCCAUCGAAGGUGUGAAAGACGCCGUCGAUGAGAACACCGACGAACCGGAAGCUGACAAAGCCGAAUAG